AUGGAUUGCCAAGACGUUUGCAUUAACCAAGAGAGAUCAUGCCAUGCGCUCAAGCUUGCGACCUCAGAAAUUGCCAGUGCUGCAACAGACUCAAUGGAGGCAGAGCUUAUGAAGGAAUUCUCCGACAUCUUGGCAAUGUUCGUUGAUCCUUACACUAUGUGUGGAGCAGCCCCGAAAUCGAAGUACGGACAGAGACUUUUCCUGGGCUUGGACAAAAAACUUGGCUGCAAGGUGUGCGGCAUGGGAACCAAAUUCCUUUGCAACACUAUCUUCAAAGGAGACACUGCAACGAAAAUCAGUAAUGCAAUCGGUGGUGCGGCCAAGAAGCUAUGCAUUGCAAUGAAAAUCCCCGUACUUAUUGAGAAGAUUAAGAUCUUGGGUGAUUUCGACGCGUGCGGCAAGGUUGAAGAAUUUGCCAAAGGACUUCUUCCAAAGAUUGUGGCUCCGCAGUUCUGCGACAAGACGAAGGCCUCAGGAAUCUGCGGAAAGCUAUUCGAAGGAUGCAAGGUUGAGUAAUCGCACUUUCCUGUUGUAUUUCGGCCAUUUUUGAAUGAAGCACUUGC